AUGGCCACGGCCGGGGCGCUGGCGGGCCUGGCCGCGGGGCUGCAGGGCCCCCGGACGGUGCCCGGCGCGGACUCGGACUCAGACACGGACUCGGAGGACCCGGGCGCCCGCCGCGGCGCGGGCGGGCUGCUCCGCUCGCAGGUCAUCCACAGCGGCCACUUCAUGGUGUCGUCGCCGCACAGCGACUCGCUGCCCCGGCGGCGGGCCCGGGAGGGGCCCGUGGCGCUCACCGACUUCGGGCCGCGCAGCAUCGACCCCACACUCACCCGCCUCUUCGAGUGCAUGAGCCUGGCCUACAGUGGUAAGCUGGUGUCUCCCAAGUGGAAGAAUUUCAAAGGUCUCAAGCUGCUCUGCCGAGACAAGAUCCGCCUCAACAACGCCAUCUGGAGAGCCUGGUAUAUCCAGUAUGUGGAGAGGAGGAAGAGCCCCGUUUGUGGCUUUGUGACCCCCCUGCAGGGGCCUGAGGCUGAUGCGCAUCGGAAACCGGAGGCUGUGGUCCUGGAAGGAAACUACUGGAAGCGGCGCAUCGAGGUGGUGAUGCGAGAGUACCACAAGUGGCGCAUCUACUACAAGAAACGGCUCCGUAAGUCCAGCAGAGAAGGGGACCUCCUGGCCCCAAAACAGGUGGAGGGGGGAUGGCCGCCACCAGAGCGAUGGUGCGAGCAGCUCUUCUCCAGUGUGGUGCCCGUGCUGCUGGGGGGCCCGGAGGACGACCCCGGUGGGCGGCAGCUGCUGGACCUCGAUUGCUUUUUGUCCGACAUCUCGGACACACUCUUCACCAUGACCCAGCCCAGCCCCACGCCCCUGCAGCUGCCCCCUGAGGACGCCUACGUGGGCAAUGCUGACAUGAUCCAGCCGGAACUGACGCCUCUGCAGCCCAGCCUGGAUGACUUCAUGGAGACCUCAGAUUUCUUCACCAACUACCGCCCCCCUCAGACUGCCACGCCUUCAAACUUCCUGCAGCCCCCCAGCUUCGGUCCCAUGGCUGACUCCCUUUUCAGCAGUGGGAUCCUGGGCUCAGAGGUGCCCCCCGCCUCCUCGGGCAUGACCCUCCUCUCAGGGCAUAACCACCAGCAGGCUCGGAGAAGCUGCCCUGGCUCCCUGGACUCCAGUGUCUUCCUGAGCUCUGACUUCCUCCUUUCUGAAGACCCCAAGCCUAAACUCCCUCCCAGUCCCACACCCCUACCCCUCCUCCAAUAUCCUGCCCCUGCCAAAGGGCCUGGCUCGGAGCCCUGUCCCCCACCCCUCUUCCCUUCCAUGGCCCCACCCGCUGCUGUGCUGCAGGAAGAGCCUCUCUUCUCUCCCAGAUUCUCCUACCCAACAGUCCCUCCUGCGUCAGAAGGCUCCCCACUGCCUGCUCCCACAACCUUCCCACUUACCCCACAGUCUGGCACAGGCCCUGCCCCCUCCCACUUCCCCAUGGACCUUCUAUCCUCGGGGUAUCCAGAGCCCCUGUUUGGGCCUCACUUCACAAUGCCUCAAGGUGUGCAGCCCAGAGGCAAGCCCCCUACCCCAUCCCCUAGGGAGCGGAAGCCCAGCCCUCGGACCUUGGCCCCUGCCAUUGCUGGGGGCAACAAUUCUUGCCUCACACAGCUCCUCACAGCAGCCAAGCCUGAGCAAGCCCUGGAGCCACCUCUUGUGUCCAACGCCCUCCUGCGGCCCCCAAAAUCCCGGGAGACGGUCCCUGAAUUCCCCUGCACCUUCCUUCCCCCGACUCCGGCCCCCACACCACCCCGGCCACCUCUGGGCUCGGCCACACUGGCCCCUCCCAGGCCCUUGAUUGCCCCCAAAGUAGAGCGGCUGUCACCCCCAGCACCCAGCGGCGGUGAGCGGCGGCCGUCCGGGGAGCUUAACUCCAUGCUGGGCCCAGGGACUCUGAGUGUCCGAGUCUCUCCGCCUCAGCCCAUUCUAAGCCGGGGUCGUCCAGACAAGACUGAAAACCGGCGCAUCACACACAUAUCUGCGGAGCAGAAGCGGCGCUUCAAUAUCAAGUUGGGAUUUGACACCCUGCAUGGGCUGGUGAGCACGCUCAACACCCAGCCCAGUCUCAAGGUGAGCAAAGCAACGACCCUGCAGAAGACGGCCGAGUACAUCACCAUGCUGCAGCAGGAGCGGGCGGCCUUGCAGGAGGAGGCCCAGCAGCUACGGGACCAGAUUGAGGAGCUCAAUGCUGCCAUUAACCUAUGCCAGCAACAGCUGCCGGCCACUGGGGUGCCCAUCACACACCAGCGUUUCGACCAGAUGCGAGACAUGUUUGAUGACUAUGUCCGGGCCCGCACGCUGCACAACUGGAAGUUCUGGGUAUUCAGCAUCCUCAUCCGGCCUCUGUUUGAGUCCUUCAACGGGAUGGUGUCCACGGCAAGCUUGCAGAGCCUCCGUCAGACCUCGUUGGCUUGGCUGGACCAGUACUGCUCCCUGCCUGCUCUCCGGCCAACUGUCCUGAACUCUCUCCGCCAGCUGAGCACAUCUACCAGCAUCCUGACGGACCCAGGCUGUAUACCUGAGCAAGCCACACGGGCGGUCACAGAAGGCAAACCAUUAUAG